AUGUCCGUUCUGGCGGCGGCGGCCAACGAGGGCUCUGCCAGCUCGAGCAUCCUCCUCCGCUACGCUCUGUGGGCGAUCCCAAUCCUUCUCGCCACACGAAUCGCCAUCUUCUUCUACCAGACUCUGACGUCCCCGCUGCGCAGUGUCCCAGGCCCUUUGGCCGCCCGGUUCGGCCGCUUCUAUUACUUUUGGCGCGUCGCCCAGGGCCAUUGGGAACGCGAUGAUCUCGCCCUCCACCGCAAAUACGGCCCCGUUGUCCGCGUAGCCCAGGACAUGUACAGCAUCGACUCUCCUGAAGUGGUCAAGAAGGUGUACAGCAUCAACUCCAAAUUCGCCAAAAGCGACUGGUACUAUGCGUGGCAGCAUCCCGACCCGAAUCGCUGGACCUUGUUCCCGGACCGGGAUAUGAAGCGGCACGCAGAAACACGCAAGAGGUUUCAGGCAAUGUACUCAAUGUCGAGCUUGGUCAACUACGAAGCCUAUGUAGACUCGUGUGCCGAAAUCUUUGGCCGGCGCUUGUCUGAAUUCGCCGCCAAAGGCCAGACCAUUGACAUGGCCCACUGGUUCCAGUGCUAUGCAUUCGACGUCAUUGGCGACAUCACCUACUCUCAAAGGUUUGGAUUCUUGGACAAGGGAGAGGAUAUUUCGGGACUGUUGAAGGCCCUGCACGGGGUGCUGCAGUACGGUGCCCUCGUCGGGGUCUAUGCCAAAUGGCACCCCUUGAUCUUCAAUCUUUCAAGUCGUCUCGGUGUUGGUGGUGGAGAGGGUCGGGUGUGGCUCAUGAAGUAUGUCACUGAAAAGAUCAAACAGCGCGAGGACGAGAAAAAAUCUGGCGUCGACGUCGAGAAGGUUGGGGCAAGGGACGAGAAUGCACCAAUGGACUUUUUGGAAAAGUUGCUCGUGGCGAACCAGCAUGAUCCAGAAAAAGUGACCCCAUAUCAUGUAUUCAUGAUGGGCCUGUCCAAUAUCAUAGCGGGCUCCGACACGACUGCCGUGAGCUUGUCAUCCAUCCUGUAUAACCUGCUCAGGUAUCCCGACACCAUGCGAAAGCUGCGAGAGGAGAUUCAGGAAUUCGAAAAGCAAGGCCGAUGUGGUAAUCCGGCGGUCUCGUUCAAAGAGAGCCAGGAGAUGCCCUACCUGCAAGCAGUCAUGAAAGAGGCUCUGAGAAUGCACCCGGCCACGGGCUUGCCAUUGUGGAGAGUCGUCCCUGAAGGCGGCGUCGAGAUUUGUGGUCAAUUCUUUCCUGAAGGUACCACUAUUGGACUCAAUAGCUGGUGUGCCCACUACAACGAAGAUAUCUGGGGUCCAGAUGCAAAAGAGUUCAGACCAGAAAGAUGGAUUGAAGCCGAAAAAGAAGGUGGAGAAAAGUUGAGGAGGAUGGAUGCUUAUUACCUACCGUUCGGUCUCGGGUCGAGAACGUGCAUAGGACGACACAUUUCCUUCUUGGAGAUGUCCAAGUUGAUCCCUCAACUCGUCAGGAGGUUCAACUUCGAACUCGAGCAUCCUGAGCGAGAGUGGGACACUGUGAACUAUUGGUUCGUGAAGCCAGUAGAUUUCCGGGUCAAGGUCAUGCUUCGAGAAGAGUAA